AUGCGAAAAACGCAGCCACGGGGCAAGGCGCAGCCACGGUGCAAGGCGCAGCCACGGUGCAAGGCGCAGCCACGGGGCAAGGCGCAGCCACGGGGCAAGGCGCAGCCACGGGGCAAGGCGCAGCCACGGGGCAAGGCGCAGCCACGGGGCAAGGCGCAGCCACGGGGCAAGGCGCAGCCACGGGGCAAGGCGCAGCCACGGGGCAAGGCGCAGCCACGGGGCAAGGCGCAGCCACGGGGCAAGGCGCAGCCACGGGGCAAGGCGCAGCCACGGGGCAAGGCGCAGCCACGGGGCAAGGCGCAGCCACGGGGCAAGGCGCAGCCACGGGGCAAGGCGCAGCCACGGGGCAAGGCGCAGCCACGGGGCAAGGCGCAGCCACGGGGCAAGGCGCAGCCACGGGGCAAGGCGCAGCCACGGGGCAAGGCGCAGCCACGGGGCAAGGCGCAGCCACGGGGCAAGGCGCAGCCACGGGGCAAGGCGCAGCCACGGGGCAAGGCGCAGCCACGGGGCAAGGCGCAGCCACGGGGCAAGGCGCAGCCACGGGGCAAGGCGCAGCCUCGGGGCAAGGCGCAGCCUCGGGGCAAGGCGCAGCCACGGGGCAAGGCGCAGCCACGGGGCAAGGCGCAGCCUCGGGGCAAGGCGCAGCCACGGGGCAAGGCGCAGCCACGGGGCAAGGCGCAGCCACGGGGCAAGGCGCAGCCACGGGGCAAGGCGCAGCCACGGGGCAAGGCGCAGCCACGGGGCAAGGCGCAGCCACGGGGCAAGGCGCAGCCACGGGGCAAGGCGCAGCCACGGGGCAAGGCGCAGCCACGGGGCAAGGCGCAGCCACGGGGCAAGGCGCAGCCACGGGGCAAGGCGCAGCCACGGGGCAAGGCGCAGCCACGGGGCAAGGCGCAGCCACGGGGCAAGGCGCAGCCACGGGGCAAGGCGCAGCCACGGGGCAAGGUGCAAAUACUAGAAAACCAACGCAAAUAUGGGACAACUUGA